UUCCUCCGCCUCCUCGCGGCCUUGAUGGUGUGGCAGAACUUGAAGCCGCGCGGUAUUGUGCACAAGCUCUACACCAUCCCCAAGAAGCUCAACCCACUCGCCAAGGAGCACGAAAUGUUGGUGUGCCGCUUCAAGGUAUACGCGCCGUUGCCAAAAAAGCAGCGCAAUGUAAACAUUGUCCACGGCGGUCCCAAGAUCCCUUCGUACAGUCUGCCCCAGACCCCCGACGCCACAGAGGUAGUCGAAGAAGACGCGCCCGAAUGCUGGUUCUACGCCAUGGGCGUGCUCACGACUAAGGGCAUCAUGAAGAUCCUCACGGAGCUCGACGGCAAGCUCAUCUACACUAUCGAUGUCAAGCAGCUCUACCAGUCGGAGAUCCAGAAGCUCCACCGGUCCGUGGUAGACAACACCUCAUCACGCGUGUUGCUCAUCGGGGUGCUCCGUGACUUGCGCCAGCUCAGCCAGAUCAAGAACGUGACCCCGUUGGGCGUGGCCGAGGUGGACGCAAGUGCCGCUCCGUUCUUGGUGUCGCGCGACAAGAAGCGCGCGGUAGGACACGCGGCGACGCGCAUCCUCGUGGAGUUUCCACUCUACAUGGACCUCGAGGACUGGUUCGUGGGCUUGAACUACUUCACGCGCAAGGAGUUGUACAUGGGCACGCAAACGGCCAAGUUCCGUAUUGCACGCAAGGUGGCGCUCGACGUGAUCGAAGCCACCUUCAAUGACGAGAGCAUGAAUCUCCCGAACUUUGCGGGCGCCAAGCUCUACGCGGAGAUCGUCAUCUGGGGCCUUCCGUGGUUCCGCACAUCCAUCGUUGCCAACAACGUGUUGAACAACCCGUUCUGGAAGGAGUGCUUUGAGUUCGGCAAUCUUCCAUUGUCCACACAGUACUUCCAGAUCUUUAUCAAGGAGUCGGUGAAAGCGACGGACGAGUACUCUUCCUCCGACCGUGUGCUCGGGACGGUGUACAUCACCCCCGACUUGCUCCUUGAAAAGAGCAAGCACCACCAGGAGAUCCGCCUUUCCAUUUAUGACUCCCGGAGCCUUGACAUUGGCAAGAUCUUGGUGAGGAUCGACAUCAGCGAGCACCAUAUCUUGCUCCCGUCGCGUGCAUCGUUCCAGUUGUUCGAGACCAUGUUGGGCUCGCUCCCAUUGCUGCAGUUGAUUGACUUUGUGAACAAUUCGUACAUGAACCUGAAGGUGAACCCGGUGCUUGUAAGCAACGGGGAGAACAUGGAGGCGAUCCUGAUGGUGUUUUUGGACAUUUUCCAGCUGCUCCGGCGUGAAGACGAGUGGUUCAAGUGUCUCAUGGAUGAGGAGUUGGUGAGCGUGGCCAAGUUGCUCAACUCCAAAAACCCGGUGAUGAACAACAACGUGUUUAAUACGUUCCUUCGGGGUAACUCGAUUCUCACCAAGUCGCUAGAGAAGUUCAACUACCGCGUGGGUCAGGAGUACUUGGAAAAGUUGCUUAGCGGGUUUGUGGCAAAGAUCAACCGCGAAAAUAAGAACUGCGAAAUCGAUCCACGUCAGUUCAACCACCUCGGAACUAACGACAAGGAGGCGGUGUUGGCGGAAAACUUCCAAAACUUGCACGGCUACGUGAAUGAGUUGUGGCUGAUGAUCUAUCGCACGAGUAACGAUCUUCCAAAGCCUAUCCGCAAGCAGUUGGGGCAGUUCCGCCUGAAGAUCGACUUCUUGGUCAUGGACUCGCUCCAGGGGGCUCCGGGCGACUCCCCCACUCAGAAAACCAACAUCUCGCUCAAUUGCUUGACGUCGUUCAUCUUCUUGCGCUUCUUCUGUCCCGCCAUCCUCAACCCCAAGCUCUUCCACUUGAUCAAAGACCACCAGACAGGCCAGGUCCAGCGCACGCUUACGCUUAUCGCCAAAAUCCUCUUGACGCUCUCCAACUGCUCGCGCUUCCCCGCGCACAAGGAACCGUACCUCAUCCCGUUUAACAAGUACGUGGAGGACCACGAGACGGAGGUAGUUGACUACUUCGACAAGCUCACCGGCAAGAAGAACGACUUCAGUGAAAAGGUGUUGGAGUUGAGCGACGAGAUUGCACGGUUCGAUCUCAACAUCGUAGGCGAUUCCGAAAACAAUGCGGACUACUUGUCCCAUGACCUCCUCCCCAGCACGCCGUACUUGAUCGACAAGUACUUGCGCUUUUCCGAAUUAAUCAACAUGCUCACAUUCCAGGACGAUCUCGACGCUCCCUCGGGCGCUGCCACGCCCACGGGUGGCCACAUUGGCACUCUCGCCUUUGAAAAGAAGAACGAAACCACUGAGUUUGAUGCCCAGGAUGUGGACUUGGUGCCGUACGAGGAUGAGAACGAGACGUUUCUCAAGUCCUUACUACACUCCAACGAGGACUUGUUGCAAUUCUUGCACGUGGGUGAGAACCUUAUCAAUAUCGGCGACUUGUGCAACCAGGGCAAGAUUAUCCGUCGCAAAACCACGAUUCUUAACCGCUUGUUGGAGGACCACGAG